AUGCAAAAAAAUCAUCAAUCUAAACCAAAACUUCGAACAUGGGCAUCUGUAAUCAGUGGAUCAUUAGCAGCUACUGGUGCUGUUUUUAUUACAAAUAUGCCUGAAACAAUUAAAACUCGAAUGCAACUUGAUGGUGAAGCAUCGAUACGAAAUGGUUCAAGUACAAAAAAACAAUAUGUUAAUAUAUUCGAUGCUUAUAAAAAAAUUAUACGACAAGAAGGUUUUAAAGCACUUCAUGCAGGUCUUGGUCCAGCUAUUGGAAUACAAGUUAUUAUGAAUGGAUUACGUUUAGGACUUUUUGAACCUAUACAAAUUAUCAUAAGAGAUGUAACUAAAUGUAAACAAGAUAGUAUUUUAAAUAAAGUUGUUUCUGGUGCGACAUCCGGUGUAAUAGGUGUAACAGUUAGUUCACCACUUUAUCUUGCUAAAAAUCGUCUUCAAGCUCAAUCGAAUUAUUUUCAUGCUGCUGAAGAACAUCAUUAUAAAAAUACAUUGGAUUGUUUAAAAAAAAUUUUUCGUCAUAAAGGUUUUUUUGGUUUAUUUUAUGGUGUAACUGCUGCUUUACCACGUGUUAUUGUUGGUUCAGCUACACAAUUAACAACAUAUGAUAAAUUAAAAGAAUUUUCUAUAAAAAAAUUAAAUUUACAAGAUGGUUUUCCAGCUCAUCUUUUUGCAAGUUUUAUAUCAUCAUUAUUUACAGUUACUAUGAUGAAUCCAUUUGAUGUUAUUUCAACACGUAUAUAUCAAUCAAGUGGUCGACAAACAGUUUAUUAUGGUGUUAUAGAUUGUUUUAAAAAAACUGUACAUGCUGAAGGAUGGAAAGCAUUACAAAAUGGAUGGUUAGCUCUUUAUUUAAGAUUAGGUCCACAUACAAUAUUAACAUUUAUUUUUCUUGAAAAAAUACGUGCAUGGUUUUUAACAUUCGAUACGUUAAGUAUAAAACCUCAACCUAUUCCAAUAGAUGUUAUGGUUAAUAGUGAUGCAAGUUAA